AAGGAGAAGCUGCACAGGGAGAAGGGCAUCGAAUCAGUAUCUGGAUAUUGGAACAGAACCAACUCUGCUCGCUCCUCUCUCUCUGUUGUUCUCUCUGUUCCUGAAUUCUGGCAAUCGAUCAAGCCUCACGACGGCAAUCAUACCGUCAAGGGGGCAAGUGUGACAAUUUGGUAUCAGAGCCACAAAAUUUCCUCACAAAAUCCCAAAAAAAUCCUUACAAUUUUUUUUCCCCAUUCGAUUUGCUCUUCUGGUGUGGUGGAGAUCCAUCUGGUCGUGCGGAAGCGACGGUGAUGUCGACAACAACGACAGAGGCGAACUUGAGUGCCAUCAGCGAGAGCUUGGUAAAGCUCAACAUGAUGCUGGGUCGUAUUGCCGUUAGGCAGGACCAGAUGCUCGUUGAUUUGAAGAAGAUGACGGUGGCGCUGGCGCCCACCGCCACAACCACACCGACAUCCGUGCCAGUUCGAGUACUGGGGCAGCAGACAUCGAAGUCUUCUUCACCCUCGCUCUUCUCGGCCAAUCAGGUCGUGGGUGCUGGUGUUCCAGGCGCGGAUGUCGUCUUGGCUUCCACUAUGCCCACCAGGUGUUCGACACAAGGCCCGGCUGCCAAUUUCUCUUGCAACCAUGCUGUGGUCGCGUUCCCAACUAGUGGCACGCAACAUUUUCCUCCUACGACUUCGAUGAAUGCCAGGAACAACACGCUGCAAGAUAUUGGUGAGUCUGGCAUGGACACACCUACAUGCUUUUCGACCCAUGUUCUCUCCUGGCCACGGGAUGAUCCGGGUGCACACAGUCAAGACGACACCAACAUGUCAGCCGAGGUGCUGACACAUAUUGGAGGUUUGUCCCUAUUUCAAGAGCUUUGUGUUGAUGCUUUUGAUGCAAUGGCUAAAUUGCUUCCCGAGUACGUGGUGCUGGGCGACGAGAUUGCCGAUCAAGUGCUCACUCAUGUCGGCAGCUUCUCACUCUUUAUAGAGAUUGAUAUGGAUACACACAAUGAACCUGAGGGGAAGAUUGAUAAGCCAACACCCUGGGAACAUGGACUAGGUGGAGUUGAACCGGUAUUUCCUCUACUACCACCAGCAGAAGGAAUGAUGCAACAACUACUGUUAAGGGAGAUGCAACAACAUGGAAAAAUUAUUGCUAUAAUUAGCUUACCAUGGGAUCGAGGAAAACAUAUGCUUCUGUUACAAGAUUUAGGUUGGCAACCAACCAAUGCUGGAGGAGAUACAACCUUGCUAUGUGAGCAGGGGCCAUUACAGUGGAGCCACAUGAUGCAGCAGAGUAGCAGCAAGCACGUCGCCAAGUCUGCGGAUGUCAAGGUCCUUGAGUCUUUCGGCAAGGACGAACUAAAGAAGCUUUACAACGACAAUUUCCACGAGUGGAUAUCCUUCCAACAGUAUGAGUGGAUGAAAUGGAUGAACAAGUAUGUCAGCAAACUUUGGCCUUUUGUUUCACAAGCUGCAAGUCCAGUUGUUCAGGAACCUGUUGAACCACUGCUACAGGAUUAUCGACAUCCUCGAAAUGUGUCUCCAAGGAUUGAAGGCAUCCGUAUCCAAAUUCUUCAGCCAGUCCAAAUUAUAAUGGAUAUACAUUUCCGCUGGUGUGGUGAUCCAGGAAUAAUCCUUGAUGUUGAUGCUCGGGUUACAUCACUGCCUAUCCUGCUCAAGGAUCUCCAUGUCUUAACUGCUGUUUGUGUUAUAUUUCAACUAUCAGAAGAUAUUUCCUGCAUCUUUGUUGUUACUAUUGCUCUCCUCGCUGAGCCAGAGCCAAGAAAACAGUACAGGUUAAUGGCUGUUGGAGGAAGCCUGACUGCUAGCCUGACUGCUAUUCCAGGAGUUCUUGAUAUGAUUGAUGAUACUGUUCAUUCAAUUGUCAAUGACAUGCUCCAGUGGACCUACAGGUUUGUUGUUCCAUUGGAUGUCAACGUUGAUACAAGUGAGCUGGAGCUUAAACGUGAAGGAAAACUUUCUGUUACUGUAAUAAAAGCAACGUCUUUGAAGGACAAGGAGUCAACUAGUAAAUCUGAUCCCUAUGUGACCCUGCAUGUGUGGCCGAUGUUCAAGUUGAAAAUACAAGUCAUUGAUGACAACCUAAGUCGUGAAUGGAAUGAAACAUUUGAGCUGCUGCUGAAAGACAAGGAAACCCAAUCUAUCAUUUUUGAGGUUUAUGAUGAAGACAAACUUCACCAAGAUAAGAGGCUAGGUGUGGCUAAACUAGCAGUGAACACUAUUCAGCCUGAGACGCCCUUUGAAAUCACUCUGAAUCUUAUGCAGCCACUGGAUUCACUUAAAAUUAAAGGUUACAUGGAAGAGCAACCGCAAGCCCUGGAAAAUAAAGCAAUGCAGAAGAGGAAGCGAGUCAAUGAUGCUGCAGUAACCGGUAGCACAAUGCUUGCACUUGGUGGUGCCACAUCACUAGUUUUUCCAUGCCAACGGCUGAAUGGUGCAUUAAACGUUGGCCUUGCAAAAGCUCUGGAGGAUGCGAUUGAGAAACUUGUGCUCAAAUUCUCUUGCACCUGCUUAGGCUCGAGGCUCUUAAUAUUGUCAACUUCACUCAAGUUCCUUCUAUGGCUAAGCACGUAUGAACUGAUGCCAUGGGAUCCACGUGAUAUGCAAAACAAAGUCUUGUUUGCAAGCUCAAGGCAACCUAUAGGAGCUCCUGAUCUGCAGACACCAUGGGAUCCUGGCAUUGUGACAAUUCAUAGUGCAACUCUGCUCUAUUUGUCAAGGUUGAACUGCAUGUUGGAGCUAGAUGGAGCGGAGCCUGCACGCCAUUGCUUGGGGGCAAGCAAUGUUUUUUGGGGGCGGUAUUGUCAUGCCCGAUACCUCUGGAGAUACAAGCCUGGGAGCCAUGGGCCAUGGGCUGGUGAUCAUGGGCCGGAAGUAUCGGUGGAUGGCAACAAAAGGAGAAGCUGCACAGGGAGAAGGGCAUCGAAUCAGUAUCUGGAUAUUGGAACAGAACCAACUCUGCUCGCUCCUCUCUCUCUGUUGUUCUCUCUGUUCCUGAAUUCUGGCAAUCGAUCAAGCCUCACGACGGCAAUCAUACCGUCAAGGGGGCAAGUGUGACACUUUGGU